AUGACGAGGCAUCAUUCUUCUGUUGUUUCAAUAUUUGACAUUGGUUUGCAGACUGCCUUCGAUAAAGAUCAAAUCAAAACCAUCCUCAAAGAAUGCGUUGAAGAGACUCUGGGACAGCAUACAUAUGAACACUCAAAAAUUGGCCAGUGGAUCAAUGACAUUUGUGAGAAAAGCACAAAAAGGCUGAUUGCUCUGAGCAAGCCCUUCAAAUAUGUCGUUACUUGUGUUAUAGUUCAAAGAAAUGGUGCAGGUUUGCACACAGCAGCCAGCUGUUUCUGGGAUAGCGCUAACGAUGGAUCUGCCAGCUUUAGAUGGGAGGAGAAAACCAUGUACUGUGUUGCAAAAUGCUUUGCUCUAGCAAUAUGAUUGUAAGUCUGUUUCAAAGCUUUCAAAACGCAAGAAAUGCUUCAAAUCUCUGGC